UCAUAUGAUUAUAGAAUGUGAAGGUAGUUAUUAUGCAAAUAAAAUCAAAAGGGGUCAUAAAGUCUUCUUCUUAGAUGUCCAUAUUUUCAUAAUAUUCUGUGAUGUGUGUGUUUGUAAUUUAACAAAGAGCAUCUUCCAAAUACAUCUAUGAUUCAAUUACAACCUCAAGCAAGAUUUCAUCUCUGUCUCUCAAUUCGAGAAAUGGGAUAAUGACACUUUAGUCUGAGAUGAGUCAAGGUUAAGGAGAACCCACAAAUGAAUACUUUCCCUAAGGAGAAAUAUACUCAGGACUUCAUAAAUGCUAAAUAAGGGGAGAAUAAAGGAGAAGUUUAAAAGGGAUCUCAAUAUUUACAGAUUCUCAAAUAGUUCUCAAAUAAUACUAAACAAAGUAUAGUUCUGAUGUGAAUUUUGGACUUCCUAAGUAUAUGGAAGAAAUUCAAGCACAAAAAGAAAGUUUGUGGCUUAGAAUGUCAUGUGUUCUGAUAAUUCUGCUCAAAAAUCAUUUUCAUAUAUAAUAUAGUAAUUAAGUGCUUGGUUGAGCAAAAAUAAAUAUACAUAAGAAUUCUUUUCAUAAUGCUAAUACUGUGAUGGUACAGAAAUCACAGCACCAGCGAUAACAGUCCUUGACUGUAUCUCUCACUCUCCAUAUGUAGCCCUAAGUAACAGACUUCUUCAUAAUGGCAACUCUUAAUUCAAGAAGGCUCUGGAAUAUACACAGUAUUAACAAUCUGUGUGGAAAUGUGAAAAUUUAGAUUGAAAUACACUUUUUGUAUGAAACUAAAGCUCAGAGAGUAAUCCGAGUGGUCGAAAUGCACAACAAAAUAACCUCUAAGGACCAGACAGAUUUCUCAUUAUUGUCCUUUUUUCACAGCACCUACCUGUUUUCAUUGGAAUAAAGUAUUAGGAUCAGAAGAGAAGCCACUAAAAGUAGCAACAGCCCCCAAGUCAGUGAGCCUGUUCAUGGACCACACAUCUGUCUGAGAAGACAUGCAGGCAGAAUAAUGCCUCUAUCUGCAAGUACUGGACAAGCAUGGGAUCUGAAUCACAGACUUAACGCUAAAUGAAUUGCUCCAUAUCCUGCGACCAUCUAUACAUACACCAUCUUCAAAGAGUCCAUUGAUACCCGAUCGCUGAGGAGACAGCAGGCAUCUCUUCUCCACGAUGCAUGCAAGUUUUGGAAAAUACAUGUGUGGCACUCACAAGUAUUUCCAUGAAGCAAAGUCCUGCAGUCUUGUGGCAUUCAUCAUUUAACAAAUGCGAACACUCCCUUCAUCAGUCAGCUCCUACUGAACUUAACUGGCGGUGACUGGAAUCCUCAAGGGCCUGCUACAUUUCUGAAGACAAAAGCUAAGAUGAAGGACGCACCACUCCAAAUCCACGUGCUACUUGGCCUGGCUAUCACCGCACUCGUACAAGCCGGAGAUAAAAAAGUGGAUUGCCCCCAGUUAUGUACAUGUGAGAUCAGGCCUUGGUUCACUCCCAGAUCCAUCUAUAUGGAAGCAUUGACAGUGGACUGUAAUGAUUUAGGGCUUUUAAACUUCCCGGCCAGAUUGCCUGCAGACACACAGAUUUUGCUCCUGCAGACUAACAAUAUUGCAAGAAUUGAACAUUCCACAGACUUUCCAGUAAACCUUACUGGCCUGGACUUAUCUCAGAACAAUUUAUCUUCGGUCACUAAUAUUAAUGUACAAAAGAUGUCCCAGCUUCUUUCUGUAUACCUAGAGGAAAACAAGCUAACGGAGCUGCCUGAAAAGUGUCUGUAUGGACUGAGUAACUUGCAGGAGCUUUACGUCAAUCACAACUUGCUGUCUGCCAUCUCUCCCGGAGCCUUCGUUGGCCUACAUAACCUUCUUCGACUUCAUCUCAACUCAAACAGACUGCAGAUGAUCAACAGUAAGUGGUUUGAGGCUCUUCCUAAUCUUGAGAUUCUGAUGCUCGGGGACAACCCCAUCCUCAGAAUCAAGGACAUGAACUUUCAGCCUCUUCUCAAGCUCCGCAGCCUGGUUAUCGCUGGCAUAAACCUCACGGAAGUACCAGGUGACGCCUUGGUUGGACUGGAAAACCUGGAAAGCAUCUCUUUUUAUGAUAAUAGGCUUAAUAAGGUACCCCAGGUUGCUCUUCAAAAAGCUGUCAACCUCAAGUUUUUGGAUCUAAAUAAAAACCCUAUUAACAGAAUACGAAGGGGUGAUUUUAGCAAUAUGCUACACUUGAAGGAGUUGGGGAUAAACAAUAUGCCUGAACUUGUCUCCAUUGACAGUCUCGCUGUGGAUAACUUGCCAGAUUUGAGAAAAAUAGAAGCUACUAACAACCCCAGGUUGUCUUACAUUCACCCUAAUGCAUUUUUCAGACUCCCAAAGCUAGAAUCUCUCAUGCUGAACAGCAACGCCCUCAGUGCCCUCUACCAUGGUACCAUAGAGUCUUUGCCAAACCUCAAGGAAAUCAGCAUACACAGCAAUCCCAUCCGGUGUGACUGUGUAAUCCGCUGGAUUAACAUGAACAAAACCAACAUUCGGUUUAUGGAACCAGAUUCUCUGUUCUGUGUGGACCCACCUGAAUUCCAAGGCCAGAAUGUUCGACAAGUGCAUUUCAGGGAUAUGAUGGAAAUCUGCCUCCCUCUUAUAGCUCCUGAGAGCUUUCCUUCCAUCCUGGAUGUAGAAGCUGACAGCUAUGUGUCGCUUCACUGCAGAGCCACUGCAGAACCCCAGCCUGAAAUCUACUGGAUCACACCUUCUGGUAAAAGACUAUUGCCAAACACUCUGAGAGAGAAGUUCUAUGUUCAUUCUGAAGGCACACUAGACAUAAGAGGCAUAACCCCAAAGGAAGGUGGGUUGUACACCUGCAUAGCUACUAACCUAGUCGGUGCUGACUUGAAGUCUAUUAUGAUCAAAGUGGGAGGUUUUGUUCCUCAGGAUAACAACGGGUCAUUGAAUAUUAAAAUAAGAGAUAUCCGGGCCAAUUCUGUUCUGGUGUCUUGGAAAGCAAACUCUAAAAUUCUCAAAUCCAGUGUUAAGUGGACAGCCUUUGUUAAGACUGAAGACUCCCAGGCUGCCCAAAGUGCUCGAAUACCAUCUGAUGUCAAGGUAUACAAUCUUACUCAUCUGAAACCUUCUACUGAGUACAAAAUUUGUAUUGAUAUUCCCACCAUCUAUCAGAAAAGCAGAAAACAAUGUGUGAAUGUGACCACGAAAAGUCUGGAGCAUGACGGAAAAGAAAAUGGAAAGAGUCACACAGUAUUUGUGGCCUGCGUUGGAGGUCUUCUGGGGAUCAUUGGUGUAAUGUGUCUUUUCGGCUGUGUCUCACAAGAAGGGAACUGUGAGAGUGAACACAGCUAUACUGUGAACCACUGUCACAAGCCAACCUUGGCAUUCAGUGAGCUUUACCCUCCUCUAAUCAACCUCUGGGAGUCCAGCAAAGAAAAACCGGCAUCGUUGGAAGUAAAAGCAACUGCUAUAGGUGUGCCGACAAGUAUGUCCUAAAACAGCCAACCAAACCUCCUUCAAAGAAAAGCUGGAGAUGGCGGCAGUGCUUAAAAAUCAACAACAAAAAAUAGGCAGAGGAAUGUCACUUUCUCAAAGGAAGACUCAGCAUCGCCAAUGCUGCUCCUGACCAAGGGAAAGAGAGGUGAAAGUUCGGCAUUUUAAUUGACUGGCUUCAAAGGGUACUGUGGCAACCAAAUAAAACAACUCCAUUUUCUAGACCUUUCAUGUAACUUUUCUGUCAGGACUGCAGUUAAUGUGAACAUUUCUGUAUUUUUUUUAAGUAUAGAAGAGUAGUUGAACUGAGCAAUACCUCCUCCUGUGUUGUAUUACACAUAUUAGCCACGAGUUUUUGCAGUGACCAGAUAAACUUGAAUUGACACGUGGUGUAACGGAAAGGACAGGUUCUGUAGACUAGACACAGUGAGUGUGUGGACCUCUUUUAUAAGGAAAAAAUACAUUUUGGAUUACAAUCAAUUGCUUUUGUCUUGUUUCUGUUUCUAAAUAAAGAAUAAUUUCUGGGAAA